UGUGCACAGAGACAGAGACAGAUGUCAAGGCAAGCAUCUUUAAUCAGUAGACCUUGCUCUCCCUUAUUAUGCGACUUGUUGAACUUUCUGGUUUAAUAAUGAUUUACAAUGACUCUUUGGACACUCACUAAUAUGAACCCAAUAAAGAAUCCUUUGCCCUACCGCUUAGCCAAUCCCAAAAUCAACCAACCAACACUUCCUCUUCACUCUUCCCCACACCUCCCCACAUCCUUAAAGUUCUAUUGCACUUCCCCCACAGAGAACUUCCCAGAUCCCGUCUUCUCAAAUCCCACUCUCUCCUUCACAAAAUUCCCAGUUCUCUCAGCACCAAAAUCAUGGGUGUGAGCAACAAAAUCACAGCGGUACUCAACUUCGUAGCCCUCCUCAGCUCAAUUGCCAUAAUUGGUGCAGGCUUCUGGCUUUCUUCAAAGGCAGACAACCAGUGCACCCACUUCUUCAGAUGGCCAGUCCUCAUCGUGGGCAUUCUGCUUUUGGUAGUCUCUCUCUGUGGCUUCAUUGGCGCUUUCUGGAACAAGAAAGGGUUCUUGGUCUUCUACCUCUUCUGUAUGGCACUGCUCAUAGUCCUCAUCCUCAUACUCCUCGUGUUUGCCUUUGUGGUGACAAGGCCUGAUGGGAGCUACUCUGUGCCUGGGAGAGGGUAUAAAGACUACAGGCUUGGUGGGUUCUCUUCUUGGUUGAGGGACCACGUGACAAAUUCUGGGAAUUGGGGAAAGAUCAGGAGGUGUAUUGCUGAGUCUGAUGUUUGUGUGAAGUUGGAUCAGGAGUAUGUGACUGCUGAUCAGUUCUUUGCUGCUCAUAUCUCCCCUCUUCAGUCUGGGUGUUGCAAGCCACCAACAGUGUGUGGCUACACAUACAUGAACCCAACAAUGUGGCUGAACCCAGUGAACCCCAAUGCAGACCAAGAUUGCUACUUGUGGAACAACGACCAGACCCAACUCUGUUACAAUUGCCAUUCAUGCAAGGCUGGUCUCUUGGGCAACCUGAGGAGUGAAUGGAGGAAGGCCAAUGUUAUCCUGAUCGUGGCCGUGGUUAUCCUCAUCUGGGUUUACCUCAUCGCCUGCUGCGCCCUCCGGAAUGCGCAGACCGAAGAGCUCUUCCGCCGCUAUAAGCAGGGUUGGAGUUGAUCUAUGCCUGAUUGCAACGGCACCCGGAUUCAUUUCUCUUUCUUUGUUUUAAUUUCUCCACUUUUCCCACUCUGUCAAUUUCCCACUUUUUCAGAUUCCCAGUUUCUCAGGACAGCCUAGUUAUGGAGUAUUGUGUUGUAUAUUCUUUAUCCUCUUCUAUCUAGAGUAUACAAGCCAGAGCAGAAAAUAAGCAAAGGACUGAUUUCGACCAAGUCCGAAUUUUGUCCUGAAUAAUGUAAAGCAAGAACUAGUGGCAUGCCAAUUGUGGAAGCUCUUAGUUUACUGGCACAUGCUUAUGUUUCA